AUGGAUAAAAUAAUACCUAAAUCUACCAACCCUUUGAACUCAGAAGGUGUUAGUCAAUGUUUCUCCAAAGUAAAUGCCAAAUUAUACUUAUCAUUAGCACCAUGUCAUAUUACUAAUCCAAUCAACGGAUUAAAAGCUCAACAUUUAGAUUCUUUAAUUAUGACCUAUUUCCCCCAAGCUGAAGGUGUAGUAAUUUCAUAUUCUAAUAUCAAGAUUUUGAAAGAUGGUUACCAAUAUGAAGAUACCAAUGGAGUUGUAACGGUAUUGGCCAAAGUAGGUGAUAGCUCACCUUUCACAUUUGUUUGGGUAUCAGUUGAUUUCAUCGUUUGGAAACCUCAAGUCAAUGAUUUCAUCGAAGGAUAUAUUUAUAUGCAAACAGCUUCCCAUAUUGGUUUAUUGAUUCACGAUACUUUCAAUGCUUCCAUUAAGAAAUUCAAUAUUCCACAAAACUGGGAAUUUGUACCUCAACAAGUCGACGAAGUUAGUGAAGAAGAUAGUAAAGUUAGAAAUAUGGGAUAUUGGGUGGAUGAAAAUGGAGCCAAGAUUGAAGGAAAGAUUAAAUUUAUGAUCAAAUAUAUUCAUAAUUCUUCAAGAGUUGUUAAUAUUGACGGAACUUUAAUUCAACCAGGAAGUGAAGUUGAAAAUCAACCAGUUUCAAGAAAGAGAAGAUCAUCAGUUAGCAUUGAACAAGUUUCCCAAAACAAACACAAAAAAUUUGACGAUGAUGACGAUAUUAAUAAUGAAAAACCUAUGGAACCAAUAGAGGAAAAAGAUACUGAAACCCCACAUUAUUCUGAUUCUGAUUAA